CGGAUCAUGGCGUUCAUCACAGCCAGCUGGAACCCGCUGGGAGACGCCUUUUACCGCUGGCUUCAGAAGCGUUUUCCCUUUAAUGACGUUUCCUGAACACACACGUCACGUGAGAGGACUGACGUCCAUGACGAAGUGAGCAGGAGGUUGUAGCCCAUCAGAGUCAGGGUUUACUCAGGUCGGCAGGUGACAUUUGUGUGCAAGUGACAGUAAGACGGAUCUGUAUGAGAUGAGCUGGAGUCUGCGUGAUGGACUCAGAGACAGUCUGGUGGCUGCAGCUCCAUACGGAGGCCCCAUCGCCCUGCUCAGAGAACCUCAGCGGCGUUCUCCGAGUUCUCGUCCUCAGCUGGAGAUCUACUCUGCGUCAGGAGGCACCGUCGCCAGCUUCCCCUGGAAAAGUGGUCCAGUGGUCCAGCUCGGGUGGACGGUCUCUGACGAGCUACUGUGUAUCCAGGAGGACGGCACGGUCCUGAUCUAUGACCUGUUUGGAUCCUUUAAGAGACACUUCAGUAUGGGACAGGAAGUGGUCCAGAGUCAGGUGAUGGAGGCCAAGGUGUUCCACUCUCCUUAUGGAACAGGUAUUGCCAUAGUAACAAGCUCCUCCCGUUUCACCUUGGCCACCAACAUCGAUGACCUGAAGCUCCGGAGGUUACCUGAAGUCCCAGGUCUGCAGGGAAAGCCAUCCUGCUGGGUAGUCCUCACUCAGGACAGACAGACUAAAGUCCUGCUGUCCAACGGACCAGAACUCUUCAUCCUGGACAACACGUCCUGCACUGUGGUGUGUCCUCCAGGCCUCAGUCCUCAGGACGGCAACAUUGUCCACAUGUCUGUGUCUUUCAGCUAUAAAUACCUGGCUCUCCUCACUGACAGUGGACACCUGUGGACAGGCUUGUCCACCCUACAGGAGAAACUGAGUGACGUCGACACCAAGAAGACCAUGGCGCCCAAGCAGAUGUUGUGGUGUCGCAGACCAAAGAGCCAACAGCCAUCUGUGGUGUUGAUGUGGGACAGACUGCUCCUGGUGGUCGGGGUGUGUAAUGAGACCAUCCAGUAUCCCAUUGAGGAUCCAUGUGUUUUGGUGGGAGAGAUGGAUGGAGUUCGAAUAAUCAGCUCGUCCAAUCAGGAGCUGCUGCAGGAGGUUCCUCUGGUCUGUCAGGACAUCUUCAAGAUCGCCUCCAUGGCGCCUGGAGCUCUGCUGUUGGAGGCCCACCGGGAGUACGAGAAAUCGAGUCAGAAGGCGGACGAGUACCUGCGGGAGAUCAAGGAGCAGAGCAUGCUGGGAGAAGCAGUCAGACAGUGCGUGGAGGCGGCAGGUCACGAGUAUGACACCAACACCCAGAAAUCCUUGAUGAGGGCGGCGUCCUUUGGGAAGUGCUUCCUCACAGACUUCAGUCCAGAUCAGUUUGUGACGACCUGCAGGGAGCUGCGAGUGCUGAACGCCGUCAGAGACAGCAGCGUAGGGCUGCCACUCACGCACACUCAAUUCAAACAGCUGACUCUACAGGUGCUGAUUGACAGGUUGGUGUAUCGGCAGUUUUACCCAUUAGCCAUCGAAGUCUGUCGUUACCUGAAGAUCCCUGAUUAUCAGGGAGUCAGCCGAGUCCUCAAACACUGGGCGUCAUGCAAGGUGCAGCAGAAGGACCUAACAGACGAUGCCAUAGCACGAGCAGUGUGUAUGAAAGUGGGAGACUCACCUGGGGUUUCGUACUCGGACAUCGCAGCUAAAGCUUAUGAAUGUGGACGAGCAGAGCUCGCCAUCAAGCUCCUGGACUUCGAGGCUCGGUCUGGAGAGCAGGUUCCUCUGCUGCUGAAGAUGAAGAGGAGUCAGCUGGCUCUCAGUAAAGCUGUAGAGAGCGGAGAUACCGACUUGGUGUACACAGUGGUGUCGUACCUGAAGAACGAGAUGAACAGAGGAGAUUUUUUCAUGACUCUGAGGAACCAGCCGGUCGCUCUCAGCCUUUACAGACAGUUCUGUAAGCUGCAGGAGCAGGAAACUCUGAAGGACCUGUAUAACCAGGACGAUGACCACCAGGAACUGGCCAACUAUUACGUCACUGCAAGCUACAGGGAAAAGAGGUUGGAGGGCCGGCUGUCUCUUCUGCAGAGCGCUGUCGAUGAGUACAACAAGGCCAAGAAUGAGUUUGCAGUAAAGACCACAGAGGACGAGAUGCGUCUGCUCCGUUUUCAGCGCAAACUGGACGAUGAGAAAGGGGCGGGGCUUCUUGGACUGUCCCUACAGGUGACCAUGGAGACGCUGUUGUCAUUAGGACUCCACAAACAGGCAGAGCAGCUUUACAAAGACUUCAGAGUACCUGACAAAAGGUAUUGGUGGUUGAAGUUGAAGUCUCUGGCGGAGAAGGAGGAGUGGGAUGAGUUAGAGAAGUUCUCAAAGAGUAAGAAGUCUCCCAUUGGCUACCUGGCGUUUGUUGAAGUUUGCAUCAAGUGUAACAACAAGUACGAGGCCAAGAAGUACGUUUCCAAGGUGACGCCUGAGCAGAAGGUGAAGGCCCACCUGGCCGUCGGUGACCUGGAGGGGGCUGCGGAUGCUGCCAUUGAGCGCAGGAAUGAAGCUGAGAUUGGGGCAGUCCUCUCCAGAUGCUCCGCUUCCAACAGCCUGGUGAUCGAGCGGCUGAACCAAGCUCGGGCCGCCAUUGCCAAAAAGUGAGCUUCCACUCUUGAGCAUGACGUUGGUGGGAGCCAGCUGCUGUUACUGAUCAGAGACUGUGAUUGAUUACUGAUCAACUGAUGCUUUCUUCUUCCCUUCAAUUAAAAGCUUUGACUCUAUUCACACUCGAGCGCCACACCUGGACAGCAGCACUUCCUGCUGCUGUCCCUUCACAAUAAAAGCUUCAGUGUGUAGCAUGGCCGGUGUUAUAUUGUGAAAGAGGACAGUAAGUGUCCAAGCUGACCGCAUGUGUCACUUUGUAUGAUUUUAAAUGUUGUUAGUCGAUCAAUAAACAUGAAAAACACAGGGUGCAGUUCUCAGUCUGACCACCGGGAGGUGACAGAAAUAUAAAAAGCCUCUUUGUUCUGUAAAUAAAAUCCUUUUCUAUUAGUGCC